AUGAAGAGGACCCAACGGGAGGAGGGCUGGCUGCCCCGGGCCACUACCGCCAACGUCAUAGGGGUGGUGCUCUUCUUCUGCUUCGUUGGACCCGCCAUCUUCCACCCGCCCUUCCCCCUGCCCCGCCUGCACGCGGUCGACAGCAAGGGACAGGACACGGAUGCCUCCUCCCGCUCCUGGACUGGGGGCUUCGUCCAGGUGGCCAAGAACAGCCACGCCUACCUGCGUCCCCUCUUCCCUGGCGCGUCGGGGGCCUCGUUCAAUGCCAAUGUGUCAUCUCAGUACAGCGAGUAUAUCCAGGAGCACGCGCAGUCGCUCAAGGACACGAAGUCGUUCAUGCACGAGUGGAUAGAGAAGGACAUGCUGCCAUGGAAGCAGGACGGCAUCACGCUGGAAAUGCUGGAGGAGGCCGAAAACAUGUACGACAUCUGCGAUGGCGACAUGUUCCGUUUCCAGAUCAUCUCCGGCAAGCUCUAUGUCUACCACGUUACCGCCCGGGGCUUUGGUUGGUACCCCGCCCAGCUGGGGCCUGGCCACGUGGCGGCCAAGGGGCGGGUGCCCUACGCCAUGCUCCUCCUCCUGGACGUCCUGCGCCUCUUCCCAGGGCAGAUCCCGGACCUGGACGCGGUGAUGCAGCUGGGCGACUUCACCUGCAUCGCGCAGGAGCCUGGGGCGGGGCGCACGCCGGUGCCCAUGUUCGGCUACACCACCAGCGAGGGGUACGCUGACCUUGUCCUCCCCGACUUCACCUACUACGGGCACGAGUACGACUACCUGAUGGACCCCUGGGGCAACCCCGCCCACGGCUGGCCGGCCCAGGCCUCGGUGCUGCUCACAAAGUACGCCAACGAUGACGCCGCGCUGCUCAACGUGGACCGGGAGCCCAUCGUGAUGCAGGACUUUGACGACUACCGCUACCAGGUGCACAUCGAACCCUUGGCCUGGGUGUCCAACAUCCGGCACAAGCUGGCGGGGGGGUCGGUGGUCAUGGCCACGGGCAUCAAGUACUACGAGUGGUUUGCGCGGGCCCUGGUCCCGGGAACCCACUACGUGGAGAUCCCCGCGCGCGUGCCGGAGAUGUGCGCGCAGGCCGUCGACGUGGUGCGCGACAUGAACGCGCUGCUGGCUCGGGAGGGCGGCGCCGGCAAGGCCGAGGCCGCCACCGAGUUCGAGCUCACGCCCACGCUGCGCAAGGCUAAGGAGGUGUGGGCCACCAUGCCGCGCCUGAAGGAGCUGGCCAAGUCUGCGGGCGACGCGGAGGCGCGCAGCGUGGAGCUGCAGCGAGGCGGGACGUACCGCUGGGGCAGCAACCUGACCCCCACCCAGAUCGCGGCGGCGGGGCAGGCCUUCGUGCGCGACAAGGUGCGCAUGCAGGACCUGCUGCUCUACACGCGCGACAUGCUGCAGGCGUACGCCGCCGCGCAGCGCUUCACGCCCGCGCCGCGGCGCAAGGCGCGCUGCGUCGACGGCGCGGCCAUGCUGGAGGAGUUUGGCACGCCAUAUGCGCAGGACGCGGAGGAGGUGGCAUACGCCUACCCCUGGCUCAAGGACUUUGACGGUGGGUGCGCGGAUGAAGCGUGA